AUGGCAAAUCGUCCGUCCAAGAACCAAAAGCGGACCAAGUGGAAUCGGAAAUGUCGAGAAAAGUUAGCGGAAAAUAUUCACAGCAGGCUUGGAAUUACGGUCGAACCCUCCCAGGUACGGCUCAAAACAAACGACGACGAUCCAUAUACAUGGGAAAAAACCGAAGCGAUAAGUCACCUCUUUGCACAGAACCUGAGUGAAUUCUCUAUUAAGUCUCUCCAAAAACUGUGUGAAUGUAUCGACAAUAACUGUGUCGCCGCAACUUGGAAGCCUUCCGGCAAGGCGCCUCGUGCGACCCUUCGAGGAAAUAUGCAGGGCCAUUUCGUGAAAUCAGACAUGAGUUUCACGGCCAGGAUUAUCGAGCUCGAGAAGACCGAGGAGAGUUUAGCCCGCGAGCUGAACGAGUGGAAGGCACAAGCCAGCCUAGAGUCAGAAGGGAGACAGAAGGCAGAAGAGGAGGCGGCUCGAAUGGAGAUCGCCCUUCGGGAGGCCCGAGAGGAUGGUCGAAAGCUCGAAGGGUAUAUCCAGAAAUGGAAAACCGAGGCAAAGAAAUCCAGUGACGAUGCUGCUAAGUCUAGGGAAGUCAUAGACGCAAUCCUUGCAUUGCUCAAGGACUUUGGUUCGAGCAUUCAGGAGGAGUCCUUUGGCCUCAAACCGAGUCCUCGGACAUAG